AUGGCGUCCCCCUCCGCCCGGCUCGCUACACGCUGGCUGACAGCAGCUGUCUCUUCUGGGAAUCGCAGCGGUAGUUUCCUCGUCGUGUCCCCGGGAAAUGCGGGGUUUAGCUCGGGGACGCUUCCUCCGGUCCUCCGGGGAGAGGCGGCUCUCAGCCCGGGCUCCUGGAGACCCGGACCCGGGGUGACAUUGAGAGGAGAGCCAGCAAAGGUGAGAUUCCUUCAUGUCUCCUCCUGGCGGUCGCUCCACACCAGCAGCAGACAUGGAAACAAGCAGGACUUCUAUGAGGUGUUGGGUGUUUCCCGCACCGCCACACAGAAGGAUAUCAAGAAGUCUUAUUACCAGUUGGCGAAGAAGUACCACCCGGACACCAACCCAGACGACCCAGGGGCCAAAGAGAAGUUCGCCAAACUGGCUGAAGCCUAUGAGGUGCUGAGCGACGAGGUGAAGAGGAAGCAGUAUGACACGUACGGAGCGGCGGGAUUCGACCCCAGUCGAGCCGGCGCCGGCCAGCAGCAGUACUACCGAGCCGCCGGGACCAACAUCGAUCCUGAGGACCUCUUCAGGACGAUCUUUGGAGAGUUCUCCGGAGGAAAGGGCUUCGGAGACAUUAACAACAUGUUCGAUCAAAGGCCAGAGUUUGUGCUGGAGCUGACGUUUACGGAGGCGGCGAAGGGAGCGAAAAAAGAGCUGAGUCUGAACAUCGACGACUCGUGUCCACGGUGCGAUGGGAAGGGAAGUGAGCCGGGGACCAAGGUGUCACCGUGCCACUACUGCAACGGCACCGGCGUGGAGACAAUCAACACUGGUCCCUUCUUGAUGCGCAGCACCUGCCGACGCUGUGGCGGGAAGGGAUCCAUCAUCAUCACGCCCUGCGCUCUGUGCCGAGGGUCGGGUCAGAUGAAGAAGAGGCAGACGGUCACUGUACCUGUACCUGCUGGUGUGGAAGAUGGUCAGACAGUGAGCAUGCCAGUGGGUAAAACAGAUAUCCUCAUCACAUUUAGGGUCCAGAGGAGUCCAGUGUUCAAGCGCACUGGAGCAGACAUCCACUCAGACGUGUCCAUUUCUAUAGCUCAAGCCAUCCUGGGGGGCACGGCCAACGUACAGGGUCUCUACCAAACCAUCAGUAUGAUAAUUCCUAGCAGUUGUCAGGCCGAUCAGGUGAUCCGGCUGCAGGGGAAAGGGAUUCGGAGGAUGAACAGCUACGGCUACGGAGAUCAUUACGUUCACAUCAAGCUACGAGUCCCCAAGAAGCUGACGCAGCAACAGCGCUCUAAGCUGCUGAGUUACGCGGAGGAGGAGACGGACGUGCAGGGAACCGUCAACGGCGUCGACCUCUCAGCAGGAGGGGGCAGCGGCGCUCCAGGAUCUGGUGCCAAGGGGACCAGUUCAGAAGAGGGACAGCAAGAGCAGAAGAAGAAGAAGGAGGAGGAGGAGGAGGGGGGAUUCUUCUCUAAACUAAAGAAAAUGUUUAGCUGACACUCAGGCUGCAGGAAAAAAGAAGCCAAAAUAGAGAAGGAGGAACAUAAAUCCACUGACUGCUCCUGCACGUCCGCCUCCUCCUGUGGGGAUGAAGCAAGGAGGAGGAGAGAGAGAGAGAAGUUUUGUGUUGACGCAGUAGCUCAUUGUUGAAUCUGUGCUCAGCAAACAGCCACGUAGAUGUCACGUCCACCCACCCCCCCCCACUGGUCCGUCACCACACCCAGGUGCUGCGUUGACGAGGAACGUGAAAGUGACGGACGAGUGUUGUGGCUGAACUCUGUUCUUCUAACUCCGCUGAGUGAAGCUUCCCUACCCCUCGAGUCACGAGUCAGAGUCCAUCAGUCUCUGUUCAAUAAAACAAUGGAAGAUGAGCCGGGCAAAUGGCGACAGGACAGAAACACAGGUUUUUACUGACGUCAGUAACUCAUCAGAAGGCUUUGAGGAAGAAAAUUGCACCAGGACUGUUUUAUUAUUUAAUCUCUGUUUAUUUGAACCACAGUGUUGUAGAAACCUAAUAUGUCAAUGGAGGUUGUUUGGAAAAGCACCUGAAAAGGUCUGUUUAAUUAAUUUCUCAUUAUAUUACAUCUGAAUUGAUUUCCUAGUUAAACCUCGACAGGGAAUCAGCUCAGCAUCAAGUUUCUUUCCACAGCGUUGGAUUCUACCAGUGUAGAGACUAACGCUGCCAAUACAAUCAAGGAAUAUUUACCUUGGUUUAUUUAUUUAAGUUUUUCCAGUUAAGAUUUUCACGGUUCUGUCAGAAGAAUGUCUCUGAAAAUCAACAAACUCUUAUUUCUUCUAGAGUUCACUAAAUAUUUAAUAAUGUACUGGUACUUUCUCAUAAUCUGGGUAAAUGAAACCCUGGCCAAGUCCCCUUUUAAAACCAGAUUUAAAUAAAAUAUUUUAUCAGGAAUAAAUAUUAGUCUCCUCAAUAUUCAUAUUUAUUUUUUCAUCUAGAUCCAUGACGCUGACAAAUAGAUGAAAAAAAAAAAAAUCCUGGAUCUGCAUUGAACUUUAAUGGCAUCUUUCACGAGUCAUGUCCAACAACCCUCCACAAUAUGUCAUGGACGUUUGAGUAGUUGAGUUUAAUCCUGCUAAAUAACAAACGCCCUCCUCGGUGAAUCACAUCCUUUCUAGAGGAAAUAACAGGACAUGGAAUCAUGAGGUCCUUGAACAAACAUGUUGACUCUGAGCACAUAUUCUAUUCUUUUAAAAAGGAAUGAAAACAGAAAGUGGGAACCCUGAUUGUUUAUAUUUGUUUGUGUGAGAUCCAGACUGUGUGGAUUUCAUUAUGUUUUGUUGCAUCUGUGUGUGGCAGCAAGAAAAAACUCUAAAUAAACGCUCAAGUAUGGA